AUGGUUUCAAACAAUGCUGUUCCGAUGAAGUUAGAAAGUUCUGACAGAAGAUAUGUAGUUGUCAGAACGUCAGAUUCUCAUAUGCAAGAUACAGAAUAUUUUGACGCUUUGUCAGAAUAUUUGACACCUGAGUUUUACAACCAUUUGUUUUCAUACUUUAUGACAUUAGAUAUUUCAAAGUUCAAUCCAAGACAAAUUCCACAUACCGAAGAGAGACAAACAUUGUUAGAAGCAAACAAGAGUGUAUAUGAACUGUUCAUAGAAGAAAGCGACUUUGAGUGUUUAGAUGAAAAGUCUUUAUAUGAUGAAUAUAAACAAUAUUGUCAAGAAUAUGGUUAUAUGGCAGCUUCUAAACGUACAUUCUUGGCAAAUGUCAAAAGUCUUUUAGAUGUUCAGAAUGGUGUAUAUACAAAGAAAAUUUUUUCUGAGUAA